GCAAAGCACAAACCAAAUUCAUGCAGCUUCUUACCACAGAAACAUCUUUAUAUGUGUCUCUAGCCUGAGGUUUCUGCAUCUGAAAGUGGUCCUAGUAACCUAAAAAAAAAAAGAAACUGCAGCAAGAAAUUUUCCUAUGGCAAUCUGAAGAAGGCCAGAAGAAGGCACACAAGAUUACAGAAGCACUGGAAGUUAAAGAGCCUAGACUGGAUCUUGUGGCAUGUAUGUGGCUAGAAAGUUUUUCCAUACCAUCCAGUAAGAGAGGCAUCAACCUAUCAAGUGGAUUUUAUUGUUAUUUAACUGGGACUCUAGAUGGAAAACAAAAAUAUUUAAAGAACAAGAGUUGAAUACUAAGAAACUAGAAAUGAAUAAAUGAAACAGGAGGGUUGCACCAACAUCAUUACAGUUGGCAUUGAUGAGCUCAGCAAUAUCCAGGUCUUCCAAGUUACGGUGAAGCCGUGAUUUCAUCUUUGCAUCUGCUCCAAGACAUUUCACCAUCAUUUUUGACAGAGAGGGAGUUUCCAGGUUUCAGUUUCACUCAGCAGCCUGAUCACCUGCUAGCCAUUUCUAAAAUAAGGUACAGUGCUCUUUGGCAGUCUUAUUGUGUAUCUACAGAAGAAUAUGAAUUAUUAGUAAAAGGUAUAAAGGUGGCAUUAAUUCUGGAAUUCUGCAAGAAUGGCACCAGAUGCAAGAAUGGUUUCCUUGCCAACUACAACAUUCAGUGAAACCACUAAUACUAAUGAUUCCAAGGGUGCAAGUGCCAUGCAACUGAUACAGGUUACUCUUGUCUUCAUGGUCUCCUUUGUGGGAAUCUUGGGAAAUGGUACAUGUAUCUGGAUCUUAGGCUUCAAAAUGAAAAUGACUGUACAUACAAUAUGGUUUCUUCAGCUUAUUUGCACAUACUUUCUCGCAGCCAUUGUUUUACUCUUUGCUGCUAUAACAGAGGCUAUGAAUAACAACUGGAUCUUUGGCAGAGCUAUGUGUAAAUUAAUUAAUUCAAUGACUUCUUUCUCCAUGUUUGCUUCUGUUUUCCUCCUGACGGUGAUUGCCAUUGACCGUUGUAUAUUGAUUUUACAUCCAGUCUGGUCCAAAGCAUAUAGGACUACUAAAUUAUGUGCUAUGAUUAGUUUAGCAGUAUGGCUGAUGGCCAUAAUGUUUAGUUCACCUUACCUUGCAUUUCGAGAUAUUCAGACGGACAGAAACAAGACAUUCUGCAUCAACAAUUAUGUUCUUGAGAAAGGUGUUAACAGUUCUGUGUUCCAAGCUAAAAGUAAAAGGAUACAUGUCGUAAUGUAUGUUAUCAGACUGUUGUUUGGCUUUAUUAUACCUCUGAUCAUUAUUACAGUUUGCUAUAUGAUUAUUGGAGUCAAGAUAAAACUCAGGAAGUUCUACAAGUCAAGCAGGUCAUUUCAAGUCAUUGUUGCUGCUGUUGUAUCCUUUUUUGUAUGCUGGUUUCCUUACCAUGUCUACAGUUAUAUGAACAUUUACAAAGAUUCUCUUCCAAAGACAUUACUUCAAGUUUUUAGAAUGCUUACAUUUGCUUUCACUUGUGUCAACAGCUGCAUCACUCCAGUGAUAUAUGUUAUUGUAGGCCAAAAUUUUAAACUGGCACUUAAAAAGUCUUUAUUCUCCCUUUUUGAAAAUACUUUUGGUGAAACUACCAUGGACAAAAUAUAUAGAGUUAGCCAAACAAACAGUGUUAUCCAUCAUGACACAGAGCUAUCUGAAAUACAUCCUAAUAAUAGAAUACGUGAUACACCUUUAAUAUAAAAUUUAAUUGUAGGAAUACAUGAUGUCCUGUUUUCAGAUAGUUGGUGUCAUGCUAUAUAGUGUUACUCAUGGGUUGAAAAGCUGUCAUAAGACAAUGUUUAGAAGCACAAUAUAUGUAUGUAUGUAUAUUACACAGACUGACUCUGUUCUAGUUAAAUAAUAAAAUAUAUAUACUUAUAUGAAUACAACUACAAAAA